CGCGCGCUCCGCUGCCUGCGCCCCGGCCGCCUCCCGCCAUGAUCUGCCUCGUGCUGGCGCUGUUCGCCCACGUCUUCCAGCCCGGCCGCGGCGCCGAGCGCACGUUCGUGGCCGUGAAGCCGGACGCGCUACAGCGGCGCCUGCUCGGGGACAUCGUGCGGCGCUUCGAGAGGAAGGGCUUCCGCCUCGUGGCCAUGAAGCUGGUGCAGGCCUCAGAGGACCUACUGAGUGAACAUUACUUUGCCCUUCGAGACCGCCCCUUCUACAAUCAUCUGGUGAAGUACAUGAGCUCGGGUCCUGUGGUCGCCAUGGUUUGGCAGGGAUUGGACGUGGUGAAAACUGCUCGUGCAAUGAUUGGAGAAACUAAUCCAGCUGAUUCCAGACCUGGCACCAUCCGUGGGGAUUUCUGCAUUGAAGUUGGCAAGAACGUGAUUCAUGGCAGUGACUCUAUCGAGAGUGCACGAAGGGAGAUUUCACUCUGGUUCCGUGAAGAUGAGCUGAUCUGCUGGGAGGACCAUGCUGAGCACUGGAUCCAUGAGUAACAAGAAUGGCUCUGAAGAAGCCCUUCUUGCUGUCCUUCAGGCUUGGUGCAUACCCGUCCAUUUCCAUUUCAGCCUCUCUGGGAUUACUGUGGGCUAUUGUAUUAUCUCUUUUCAGUGGAGUUUUCUUUCCAGGAUGUGUGGGGUGGGAAAGCAGGGAGUCUGUUCUCCAUUUGUAACACUUAAGUUUCAGCUCCAUGCAGUAACAGUGGUCUCAUCCCGUAGUUGGUACUGCCUGUUUUGUUUACUCACACCUCUGUGAUAUCCUAAAAAUCACAAGGUUACGUUUAAGGGACCUAAGAAAAGGAAAGGCAAUUUGAGUUUUGUGCCCUUCUUUGCAAAUUAAAAGGUUAUAAAGGCAGACCAGAAAGCUGCAUUAAAACUUUAUGUCCUAUCUGCUGUGAAAGAUUGUCUGGAAAAUAGGGGAUUGUGGAAGUGAUGGUAUCAUAAGAACCAAGAGUAAAAAGGGAGCAUCUGAGAGGGGAAGAUUUGUGGAUCUCAAGAUCAGAAGGGACCAUUAAGAUGAUCUAGUCUGAUAUCCUGUGUAAGAGGCCAGAGAUUUUCACCUAGGAAUUCUUGCAUCAAAUAUGGGUGUUCUGCUGAACCAUAGAGCGUGCAAGCUUGAUUUCAAGACUGUUGGCUCUACUGAUGAGUUAUUCCUACUGCGGGGGAAAAAAAAAAUCAAAUUCCAGUUUGAAUUUUUCUGGUUUCAUUUUCCAGCCUCCAGGUCUUGUUCUGAGUGCUCUGCUCUCAGAAAUCUUUUCUGUGGCCAUCAGUUUGCAGGUGGUGACUGGCACUUCAACUUUUCUUUGAUAGCUUGGAUCCUUUCAGUCUCUCACUGCAAGGCAGGCUUUCUGGAUAUCACAUGAUCUUAUAGGUGUUCUCUGAACCCUUUCCAGUUUUUCAACAUCUCCUCUUCUAGGAGUGUGGACACUAGAACUGGACCCAGUAUUCCAGUGUUGGUUUUGCUGAUGCUGUAUGCAGAUAUUGUAUUAUCUUUCUACAUCCAAGGAUCACUAUUAACUUGUAUACAUUGCCUAUUGGAUCAGAACUGGAUCCAGCUAGUCUUGUAUUCUGUCUCCAGUGAUUCCCAAAACUUGAUGGUGCAGAGAAACUUGCAGUGUGAACAAUACUUUCAUAUAGCAGUUUUAAGAUUCCCACCUUUCAUGUCCAAUAACUCCUUCUGAGAGAGAGAGAGUAGAGACUCUUGAUCUACCUGCUCCAGAUGCUGAUUAUUUUAUGUACAUUUCUCAUGUCCUCCCUUACUUGCCUCUCUUCAGUUUUUCUUAUGAAGGAAUGCUCUGCUCAUCCUAUUGUGCUUCUCUGAACCUUCAUCAGUUUUGCAGUAUAUUUUCUAAGGUAGGAUGACCACUAUUCCACACAUCCAGCAGAGGCCCUAUUAUGGACUUGCACAAAGGACUUUUCACGUUUCCUGUCUUAUUUCAAUUUAAUUCUUUAUGCAUCCUCAUAUCUGAUUUUCUUUUUGAACUACAGCUGCACUUAAGCUAGAGGUUUUUAUGGAGCUGUCUAUACCAGUAGCUUUCAACCUGUGGUCCAUGGACCCCUGGGGGCCUUCAGACUAUGUCUAAGGAGUCCACAAAAGAUGAUUAUAAUAAAUCGAGGGGUAUGUGAAUACUCACACAUACAAUUCAAAGGGGUCCACACCUCUGUUCAAAACUUUUUAGGUGCCUGCAAAUGAAAAAAGAUUGAAAACCAUUGGUCUACACAAACACCCUAGAUAAAGGGAUGCUUAAUUUUUUUCCUCUAUGCCAAAGAUACGCCUGGAAAAAUGCAUUCAUCACUGUAGCACAACUAGUCAAAGCAAUAACCUGCUUAGCUUUACUGGGGUGCUUAAACCAUAUAGCACAUGAGUUGUACUGGCAGGAGCUUACCUUGCAUUAGGCUAGGGUGCAGCUGAUGGCAGUUGCUUUUCAUAUGUAAUUCUGAAGAUCUAUCUGAGGAGAGAGUGGCAUUGCCUAAACCUGGAACUGUGCAGACUGAAAGAGGUCAAUUUCCUGCUGCUGUUAGAGUCAGGGCAGUUACUGGUCACGUUGUAAAGUCUUGAGGGCUGUGCUAUGCCUAGUGUUGGUUUGAACAUGUGUCAGUGCAAAGGGUGGCCUCAGGUGAAGAUGGGAAAUCUAUUCCCACAUGACUGGCAAUGCUGCCUCAGCUUCCAGAAUUUACUUAAAACAUGACCUAAUAAGCUGAUGCCCCAUGUACUUCUGCUUAAUAUGGAGCAGGUGUUGUAAAGGGGUGCAACUUCCUUUUUUAUUAAAGCCCAUCUUUCAGAUGCUAACUCUGUUCUGGCUAUCAUCCCUUUAUUUCCUCAUGCUGUUGUGGGCUGUGUUUGUGGGUGAGGCAAGUGAAGCACGUAUGAUCUAUAGGAGUAUGUGACUCUGUCUUACCAGCCCUCAAGUGCUCCAAAUGUUGCAGUGUUAGUUGUUGAUAUAGACUCCUGUUGUCCCCAUAGAAUAAGAUAAUAUUCUAAAACAAGGCAGUAGAAGACUCUCAAAGCUGUUGUAUGGUUAAGUCUGCAUGUUGGGAGAGAAUAAACUCCUCCAGGAUUUCUGGCUGGUUAAAAAUGUUCCCUACCCUCUCUAGCUUUUGAGGUUGAGCAAAGACCGAGAAUCAGUGACCUUUAAAGAAAAGCAAAAACUGCUGAGAAACAUUUAUGGGUGGACAGAGGUUCUUUGCCUGCACAUUCACAGCUGAUUGGUUAAAACAUAUGGGUUCUCCAUAGCCCCUCUGGCUGCAGCUCAUUCUACCUCCAUGCAGCUUGUAGAGAGGACUGUUUACAUCCAUAAAAUAAUUGACUCAGUUUGGUUUUAUAAUGGUUAACUUUUUUUAAUAUAUAAUAAACUUUGGACAGUCAUGCA